UGCCGAGUUAGUUGCCAUGGCGACCAGUACAGAGGAUAGCCCAGAGUGGCUCCUUGACCUGCUGAAGGAGAUCCAGCUUGACCAGUUCUACGUGAAGUUGAGGGAUGAUCUGCAGGUCACACGCUUGUCUCACUUUGCCUAUGUCAAGAGCGAAGAUUUGGAGAAAGUUGGCAUGGGAAAGCCUGGUAUACGCAGGUUAUUUGAUGCCGUCAAAAAGAAGAAAAAUGCCAGCAAAAAAGGCAUUUUCCAAAAGAUCAUUCCAGGCUCCAAAGAAAAAGCCAGUUCAAUUUCCACAGCGAUAUCCACUCUGACCAAGCGAUCGGGUUCCCAAAGUAGGCCCUCUGUCAGCUCCAUCAACUCCCUGAGUGAUGUGGCGCUGACCUGUUUGAUCAACGACAAGGACUUGUGUCUCUACGGCAAGCUUGGGGACGGUUCUUUUGGUUUGGUCAGGAAGGGAGAUUGGACAACACCAUCUGGAUGUAAGGUGCCAGUGGCAGUGAAGAUCUUAAAGAAUGAUGUCCUUGCCAUUCCUGGAGCAUUUGAAGACUUUGCCAAGGAGGUGAACGCCAUGCACUCCCUGGAUCACCCAAACCUGAUCCGCCUGUAUGGGGUUGUCUUCACCUCACCUCUCAUGAUGGUCACAGAGCUGGCUCCUCUUGGUGCGUUAAUUGACCGUCUCCGCCAAGAGGGUCACCGUUAUCUGAUCUCCUCACUCUGUGACUACGCUCUGCAGAUAGCCACUGGCAUGGCAUACCUGGAGAGCAAGAGGUUCAUUCACAGAGAUCUGGCAGCCAGAAAUGUUCUGCUGGCUACUUCUGAAAAGGUGAAGAUUGGAGAUUUUGGUUUGAUGAGAGCUCUUCCCAGUCAGGAAGACCACUAUGUGAUGACGGAACACAGGAAGGUGCCAUUUGCCUGGUGUGCCCCAGAAUCUCUCAAGUGUCGCCAGUUCUCCCACGCCAGUGACACCUGGAUGUUUGGAGUGACACUGUGGGAGAUGUUUUCCUAUGGAGAAGAACCGUGGCUGGGUUACAAUGGAACACAGAUUUUGCAGAAAGUGGAGCUUGGUGAGCGUCUCCUGAAGCCAGACCACUGUUCUAUGGACUUUUAUCAACUGAUGCUACAGUGCUGGUCACACAAGCCGCAGGACAGACCCACCUUUGAGGCCCUCAAGGAUUUCAUAUGUGAGGCACGCCCAAUGGAGAUGCGUGCUAUGAGUGCGUACUCGGAGGAGGGUAAGCUUCACACGGAGGAGGGGGAUGUCCUGACAGUGAUAGAGGGCAGAGCUGAGUGUUAUUACUGGAAAGGACAGAACAAGAGAACCCAUGAAGUUGGUCAGUUUCCCAGAGCACUGGUUGACCCCCAGAGGAAGAUGACAGGGCAGGAUAUCAGUCAGCCGCUGAAACACAGUUUUAUCCACACGGGCCACGCAGAUGCUGGGGGAAAAUCCUGGGGCGACCCUGGGGUCAUAGAUGAUGUGUACUUAAGGAACCCCAUGGAGCCGCCGGAUAUAAUGGGAGAGACGGAGCCAGUGCAGCCUCUUCAGCUGCCGGACAGGAAUAAAAAACUUUUUAAGUCUGGGAGGCAGUUUAAUUACAACAAACUAGAAAAUGAGAUGAGAAGUGGAGACACAAAGCCGUCAUCAAAAUCAACCAAGAGCCUCCCCAGUAACAGCGACAGUAGUAGUUCUGGUACCAAGGUUCCUCUAAAAGUUCCUCAGCCCAAGAAAUCAGACUCUGUGCCAAAGAGUCACACUGCUGUAGGACUGCUUAUUGAUCUCAGUGAUGAUUCCGCACCUGCGUCAGCACCACAGCCGCCUCCUGCGAGGCCGCCUUCUGCUAGCGCCAUUACCCUAUUGGACGGUUUGCCAGAUACUCCAAAAUACCAAAGCUUGCCACUACCUCUGUUUGACAAACCGAGCGAUCCAUUCUUGGUAAACCCAGAGUUAAAGAGGUAUGCAUUAAAUUUGGGUCCACUCCCUGAGAACAGACCACGUACCCACAGCGGGGGAUCACUCAAGGAUUUCAGGGUGCGUUCUACCAGUGCUUAUGGUACCAUGCCAUCCCCAAACAGCCCCGGGUCCCGCAGUGAUGUUGGGAUCCCGCCGUCAGUACCCAGUAUGUACAGUAAUGUGCCUGGAGUGGCUGGUGGGUUCACACCUAAGCCAUACACACAGGGUGUACCAAAGGGGCAGGUAGCAGCUGGGUUCAUGCGGGAGGACACCAUGAGGCAGAGCAUGCCUGCACGAUUCAGCAUCAGUGACAACAAGGGCGACAUGACCUCCCCAGGCAGGCUGUACGACCAAGUACCAGACGAGUCCAAAGACAAGUAUUCAAAUUUUGCCGCGGAGGUGGCCAAGUGGGAAAAGUUUGGCCAGACAGACACCUCGACCAAAACAAGUUUUCAGCCCAGACAGCAUUCUUCUUGGCACAAAGACAGUUCUGUUCGAUUCUCAUUGGAUGGAAGUCCACCAAUGAAAAUGUCGGAUCAUCUUCACCUCCUGUCAGACCCCGACUCCAGUGGAGGGAGACGGUUGGAUAAAAAUAGCGGCGGGGCUGCGGAUGUAUUUGGACCACGUUUAUACGAUGAGGUCCCCAAUGAAUCAUUCUCCAAACCACAGGAUGUAAAACCAAAAAUACUCUCUAACACACAUAAUAUACUCUCUAACACUCCACUUUAUGGGAAUGUUGGAAGUAACCUUGACUUUGAGAAGUUAUCUCUAAGUAGUUCAGAUAAUUCUGACGUCCCACCAACCUUACCACCAAAAGACUAUAAUGAAGAACUACGGAAAGCAAAUGCGAAGAGACCAAAAAUCCGACCCAUCUCCCAAAGUGGAGUGCAGCUAACACACACUCAUUAUUUUCUCAUUCCUCCCAAGGGGGCGCCACCGCCAACUGCUGAAAUCAAGCCAUUUUCGGUAGAUGGAAAAUCUAAGUUUUACACGUCAGCAUCGUCGUCUUCCCCUGCGACAUAUCAGAAUAUCGAGGCAUUGGGCAUCCAAUCCAACACCAGCUGCAUGUCAUGGCAGGGGAUGACGGGGUUCAAGGCCGUGUCGUCAGGUGAUGAGGUAGCCGUGGCGACAGGAUUUUCAGAUUCCGCGUCCAUGAUGGGUGCAGCUCAAGCAGUUUCAGUCCCAAGAAAAGAUCAGAUUUACGAGGUCCAGUCGCGAAUCCGAGGGGCCAGCUUCGACGAGUGCCACACGGCGCUAUGUAAAAUGCACUGGAAUGUAGAAGAGGCAGUGAAAUAUCUAAAAGUUGAGCAGCUAUUUCGUCUGGGACUUGCAACGCGGGAUCGCUGCACGCAACUUUUGAAGCACUUUAAGUGGGACUUGGAAAUGACGGCCUCGGCCCUGUUGGAUGAACUUCAAGCGGGAGAGGCUGGGUCAGCUGUAUAGCAGUGAGGGUGGCUGCACAAUGGUGUAUAUUAUAUUUUAUUAUAUAUCAGGCCCGUAACCAGGGGGGUUUCGAAAGCACCCUUUUUGUCAGAAAAAGGUCCACUCUGAGCAAAAUUUGAUCUAGGUAUACAAAGAUUUCAUUAUAAAAGGUCCACU